UUUACGUAAUGGAUCGGCGGUCCAUUACGGGAAAAUAAUGACCGUUAAAAGUGCUUCUCGACCAAUCACAGUCCGCCAUGUCACCGGAAGUGAUGCUUGCCAUAUAAUAAUUAAUCUUAAUUGUUUUCCAUACUUAGGGUACGAGACGAAAUACGAAUGACAAUUGCUGCUUAUCAAACGUUGUAUGAAAGCAGGUAUGUUUUAAGUUCUUUGUAGGUUUGCAUGGCGAUAAAAGAUAUAAUACUAUUGACACUAUUUUUUGUGGCAACACCACGUAAAUUUAUUACUGCAAAGCUUUUGAUCCGUAAGCCCGGAUCUUCAUCAGUGCUAAUAAUAUGUCUAGGUAUGUCUUUUUGAAAAUUUACGUGGAUCACUAACUGCAAUGUAUACAGUAAGGUAAAGUAAAGUCGUGGGAGCGAAUCCUCCUUUAUUGCAACUGAGUACUGAAUUAGCCUUUCUCUCAGCCAAUUUUCCCGCCACGUCUCCGCACCAUUGAACUUAUAAGUAAACUGGAAGGCUAAUUCAGGGGGGGGGGGUUGAAGCCAGUGCAUUUUAGUUUUUUUUGUGUUAUGACUGAGCAGAAAUACUCAACACUGAACGUUGUGCUGCAUAUGAAACUGAAGCUAUUGAAAAACGCUAUUUGGUGUAGAAAUUUCAAGACUUUAGCUAAAAGGGAAACAUUUAGAAACUACAAAAAUAAUUGCCGAUAAUUUGCCAUUUUUUGGCCGAAUGGCAGUUGUUUUUGUAUUUUUAAAAUAUUUUUCUUUUGAAAUUUUCUCGCCGACUAGAAAUUUUCAAUAGCUUCAGUUUGAUAUACUUGGGAUCAAGUAUUUCUGCUCAUAACUCAGAAAAACUAUUUUGGCUUCAGCAAAUCUUAGGCCUUCAUCAUGGCAGUUAGCCUUCCAGUUUAUUUAUAGUCAAUGCUCCGCACCACGAAAUGCGACAUUUUAGUAUUAUAGUUGUUUGUAUAUACUGGUAUAAAUUUACAGUUACAACUUUUAAAAGUCGCUUUUCACGUUGUUUGAAUUGUCUAGAAUCUUUCACGGGGGCAGACAGUACCCCCGAAAUGGCGGAUUUUGGCCUUCGUGAGAAAGGCUAAUUGACUAUUAUAAUUGCAAUAGAUGCAGCGUUAUCAAUAGGACGCCCCCAUGCAAUUGGCAGCCAGCAUCUGCAUGACACAAAUAAUGUGGAAACGCUGCGGUCAAACGUCAGCGUCUUGACCUGGUUGUACUCGAAAGACUGGAGAUAUAGUACUAGAGAGUUUAAGCUUCGCGUUAUACGGCAAACAGGCUUUCUUGCCAUCCUACUUUUCCUACUUUUUCCUACUUUUCUUCAACUUUCCUACUUUUCCUAUUUUAUAUUAAAAAUUGCUUGAUUUUCCUACUUUUUCUCAUAAAAUCCUACUUUUUUAAGACAGCUUGGGGAAUUAGUAUGUUAUAGCUCUCGUAAUUAGAUCUAUAGGACUCGUAAUUUUUUGAAAUCCGGAAAUGAAACUUUGUAAUAUUUGUUGAGGCAUAUUGAUUACAUGAAUGGCUAUAGUAUAUUGAAUUUAUAUUCAAAUUUCGUAUGCAAAGUGCAAGUACCGUUCAAUGUGCAUUACAACUUUUCUCUUUUGAAUCCUAUAUAAAUAAUCAGUGCACGAUCAUGUCGUGAACUUGUGGUUAGAGCUCGAUAAGUGGUUCUGUAGCUCAGUUGGUUAGAGCGCUGCACCGGAAUCGCAGGUUCGAUUCCUGCCAGGGACCUAUAGUUGCAUUUUUCGCAGCAGUUCCUGGUUGGGUCUAACAAAUAUAUAUAAAUUUACACUCCAUAACUUUCAUCAAUACGGUAUCCUUCAACAAAGUACAAAUUGGACUGCAAUCGUUUUGGUUAAGAAAAAUAUUAUAAAAACACGUUGUCGAAUUGUCUUUUUACCUUUUGCUUUGUUUUCUGUGGUAUUUACUUCAAUAUUAUCGUGUUUGUUUAAAACCACUCACCAAUACUUAAACAGUAAAUAGAUGAGAUUGUUGAUGGGCUUCAGAUUGGUAUUUAACAUAUAUAACGCAUUUUUUCUAUUACGUUGUAGUGUUGCCUUUGGUAUGCGAAAGGCCUUGCAAGCUGAGCAAGGCAAAGCUGACAUGGAGCAAAAGGUAAGUGGCAGUCAAAAUACCCAAUAGGUAUAAUAAGUCCUUUUUAUUUUUGCUAAGCAGUGUAUAGUGUAUCGCGCCGAGAUACGAAAUAUUACCAGGAAAAACAACAGUCUACUCGCUAUAAUAUACAUAAAAAUAUUACUCGACUGUGAUUGGUUGAUUUCAGUGUAGUUAAUCUUAAAGGUGAUGUAAAGUCCGUAAUGUAAGCAAAUGCUUUGUUUACAUUUUGAACUCAGUGCUACAGUUGUAAAAUAUGAUUAGAUAUAUAUUGGCAAAAGUGACAAAAUAUUUAUUAACAAGUUUUAACAUGAUAUUUACAAAAUUAGCUUUCUUUGUAGUGUAAAGUUUCACUUUACACAAUAUGUAAAGUUUCACUUUACACAAUUGUGUAAAGUUUCACUUUAUACUAUUGUGAUGACUGGCGAAAAUUCACACGAAUCAGUAAAAUCUUUUAUUGCCUCCAUUGCUGAAGAGUUACAAAAUAUUUAAAUAUUAAUUAUAUAGAUAGAAUAUAAGAAAGUUGUCGUUAAGCUAAUUUACAUAUCAGUUACACAAUAUCGACUACAGUUAAUGAAAACCUCUCACGCAAAGAGUUCAAAGAGUGAAUAUUGCAUGCAAAAAGAAAUGUACUCAGCGCAUCGUAACCAAAAGUCAGCUUUCAGACUGUCCAUAAUUAUAGCUAAGUUUGCCGGCUUACCACCAGUACCAUUAUAUCUUCAGAUAAGUUAUCUGUGUUGCGGAAACAUUGUUUCCUGCUAAUGUUUCGCCAUGUUUCCCAGAGUGGGCACUAGCAAACGUUGGUGAGAAACAUAAGUAAACAUCAAAUGUUUCUGAAUUUUCUAGGAAACAUUUUUGCUUCUCGGGAAGCAAAUUUUGUUUCCGCAACAAUGUUUCCACGGGUGGGCAAACAGGGAAACAUUUGAGGAAACAUCGAGAAUCACAAAUGUUUCCACAACAAUGUUUCCUGGUUUACCCAGGGCUUUAGUGGGGUCAACCAUGGGUUUGGUCUUCAGUUUUGAGCGCAGUUUACACGUACAUGUUCUUUUGUCUGCUAAGAAUCACGUUUUUAGAAGAUAAAUAUCUGAUUUCAAAUUUAUUCCAAGGGAAACAUAAUAGCGAACUUAAGCAAAGCUUAAUCUAGUACGGGAUCGACGUGUCAAGAAACCGCCUUAAAUUUUACACUUUUAUAAUUAUAAAGAACCACCCUUAUUAAGAACUUCAACAAAGCAGAACGAAAGUGUAACGAGAACGGCCAACAACAUAUUAAUGCAAGAAAACGAGCAGAAAUUAAUAAUUGAAAUUUCACGGACGUUUUUAAAAUUCAGACGUCGCCGUAGCUCUGUUUUACAACGGCGAAAUACAGAAUAUCAGUCUUGUAUACAACGCUUACAUUUCAAGCUGGGACAACUGCUAUUUUAAAUUGAGUCCUGAACUUUACUCAAUCAUAAACCCUGUGUUAAUUUUUAUCCUUAAACUGUAUUAUUUUCAUACGAUGGAUAAUAGACGACAAGCUUUCUUCCGCAAUCAUUUGGUUCAGCGAGUUUGUUUGCCGCCGCCGUCGCGUUCACGUCCUACAUGCUUAAGGUCGCUAAUGUUUUGGGGAGGGGGCAGAAUUUGCCUAGCACUUUUGGACGGGUAGAUUGCUAAUCCUGGCUAGAUCCCUGGUAGAGAUUGCACUCAUUCUUGCUGUUUAUAGCCAUUGCUUGCUCAUCAUUUAACGUUGGUUUUCUGAACGCUUUGUACGUACUCUACUUGGAACAGGCUUUUAGCCAGGAUCCUAAAAGAGGGCGUCCAAUUUUGGUAUAAUGAUACAUCUACAGUAAGGGGGGGGGGGAGGUUCGAGAAAACGUUCCUCUGGAAAAUCUUUGAAGUUGACGUUACUUGAUGUCAGUUUCUGUUCCAAGCUUGUUCGAAAUUUUUCAAACACACUUGGCUUUGUGAGUUUGUGCCGCUAUACUUCUUUACUUAUGACAUUUUCAUUCAGCCAGGUACACCAUCAAAUUGAUCAAAAUGUCAAAUGUAUAAUAAUAAUGAGAAUUGAAGCUAUUUCGUUUCAGAUAUAUUAAUAUACUUAGGGAAAUAAUUGAAAAUAAUUUACUUAUUCCCCCAGAAUUUGGGCGUCCAUUUUUCGUUCUAGGGGCGUCCCAGGACGCCUGGACGCCCUUCUGGCUAAAACCGACUCUGCGUUUAGAUCGAUGAGCUGGAAAAUGACAAAAAAGAGUUGGAACGCCAAGUGAAUGAGCUGAAAGCAAAAUGUGACGCGAUUGAGAAACGCGAAGCAGAACGUCGUACCAUUGAAGAAAAGAAACAUGCCGAGGAAAUUCAAUUCUUAAAACGGACUAAUCAACAGUUGAAGGUACAGUAUUCCCUUGUUAAUAGACAAUUCCCAGUAGAGACUAAUUUUUUAUCUUGGCAAAAAAGUAUAUUCCCGGAAAGAGCAUACUAAAAUUAGUAAAAUUGCAAAGUUUGGUUACGAAAUGUUGUAAAAUGCGGAAAAUAUAGCCUUGCAAAUUGAUACCACAUUUGGGCCGAAAAUGGUAGCAAUUUCCGCACGCAAUACAAAAGUAUACAAAAUUUGCAAACUUUGCAAGGCUAUAUUUUCGUCAUUUUACAACAUUUCGCAAUCAAACUUUGCAGUUUUACUCAUUUUAAUGUGCUCGUUCUAGCUGUGGUGAUUUAUUUGCAUCUCCUUGCCUAGUUUUUAAUUAGUUCAUAAUGGAAUUGUCCAUUCCUUUCAUUCUUAUAUUCGUACUGUACAUAGUCUGUCAAGAUAUGAUGAUCUAGCAAACUUCAAAGCCACAAAAUAGAAGACCUGUGCAUUUGAUGUUGAACUGUAUCACACCAAGCACAAAUCCUUUUACGCCGUAGGAUGAGCAUCCAAAAGAUGCAAUUCCGUUGCACCCCUCGUGGAACUACGUAAUUUUCGCAUGAAUCAAUAGAUAAAAACUUACUUUAUCAGAAUUCGUUGCUCCCCAAGCGAAACAGGUGCACAAUACCAGCAAACAUUGAAAAUCACGAACUGAUUUCCACGACAAUGCCCUUACGUUUGGCCAAGGCUUUAUUUUAGGGAAAUACUUAAUUUGUUCCUUGAUCGUGUGAAUUGUAUGUAUGUAUUUAUAUAUUCUCCGUCCUGUUUGAUCAGGUAGGUUUUUACCUCGCACAAAUUUGUUAUUGAAUUAGCAUGUUAAAAAUUAGAAUUAAACGUUAAAACGGUGUUUUGAAACAAUAUGGCCAAUGAAUUGAAGUGAUUUAGCAUAUGAGCAAGCAAAAUGUACAAUGUGUUUAAACAAUAUUUAAAUUGUGUGUAUUUAUCCGUUAAUAUUACAAGGUUUGAUCUCUAUUCCGUGGAUUUUAUUUUGUUGUCUUUACGGGAGAAAUUUGGGAAAACCCACAGGGAAAAUCCAUUUUUCCCGUCUGUCACCUCAGCUAUCCCUAUUGGGCGAUUACUUCAUUAUACGGAAAUCGAAUAAGCUCAAUAUUUGACCGUGCACAAAUUAACAUAAACUCAGACAGAAACAGAGCUCAAUGGCGUAAGCCCGCACACGAUGAAAUAAGUAAGCAUAAACACAAGGAAAACAAACUUUUCCUUUUUUUGCGCUCAUGCUUAUUCUAUUCUUAUUUCACCUGUGAUAAAUACAUUUGGUACUUGUUUCAUACGUGCAUGUGAACUUUCUUGUCCUUGUGCUUAUUUCAUCGUGUGAACCAGGCUUCAGUUUGCAGACUAUUAACAUAUCUUGAUAUACAGGGUGUAUAACAAAAAACCUGAACAUAUUUGAAAUUGCUCUCAAUUUCGCAAAACAGCUAUUAGUAUCCAGUUUUUUAUGUAUAUAGCCUCUUUGGGUACUUACAAUGUAGAAUAAUGAAAAACAAUUCUCGAACUCAAAUUUUGUGAACCAGGGGGGGGUGUCUUUUCCAACAAACUAAAAAUGGCUUACGCACGAAUUUAAAAGCUUUACCGCCAUUUGCAAUUGAGCGUGGCACCGUGCAUUUUUUUCGAGUUGUUUUAGCAUUGAAAUUAACAUGUAACUAUGGGCGGAGCGACGUGUUACUAAGGCGGCUCAAAAUGUUUCUUUAUCUACUAUAAGCCGUGCGAUUCGAUUCGAAUAACUCAUUUUACUUCUGAACGAUUCACAAACAACAUUUUAUAUACGCAAUUCUUCAUAGAUUACAUGCUUGCCCAAGAUCCGAACCACGUAAAGUUUUUCAAUGAAUCAGGGAUCAGACAAACAAACUAUCAUUUUGUAUAGAAUUGUACUAGCAGCGAACAUAAAUUGGUUAGUCAAAACAUAAUUUGGAACGUCGAAUAUUUACGCUAAUGGGCACUUAGUAGACAAACAAAAUUGGUUUUAAAGCGACCAAACUUAGUAACAUGAAAUCAACAACAUUAAAUAUACAGUAGACACCUGCACUAUUACAGUAACCGACAUAAUAGUCGAUACUAAAGUGACAAAAAGUUUAUAUUUCUAAUUCCAAAGUAAAAAUAUUUUUUACUGGCAGCUUCAGGUAAAGCGAAAAGUACAAGGUGUGUAUUAUUUCGCACAAAUAAACUGUAAACAAACCAUCAAACUAAAGUGUUUGUCUGAGUCUUGGCGGGGGGUCAAAUUUAAUAAGCCGCCUUAGUAACACGUCGCUCCGCCCAUAGUUACAUGUUAAUUUCAUGCUAAGACAACUCGAAAAAAAUGCACGGUGCACGCUCAAUUGCAAAUGGCGGUAAUCAUAGUUUGAGUUGAUAGAUGCAAAAUUGGUUGGGUUUUUAAUUACUGUACAAAAUUUCAGACCAUUUGCAAAUUAGGUAAAGGCAUUAAUUAAGCAUGCGAAAGGCUGAUUGUUUAGGAAAAAAUGAAUAGCUAAAGAGCUUAAACUAAAGCAAAUUGUCUGAAAUUUUGUACAGUGAUUAAAAUCUCAACCAAUUUUCCAUCUAUUAACUCAAAAUAUGAUUAGAGCUUUCAAAUUUUGUGCGGAAGCCAUUUUUAGUUUGUUGGAAAAGACACACCCCCUGGUUCACAAAAUUUGAGUUCGAGAAAUUUUUUUCAUUCUACAUUAUAAGUACCCAAAGAAGCUAUAUAUACAUAAAAAACUGGAUACUAAUAGCCGUUUUGCGAAAUUGAGAGCAAAUUCAUAUCUGUUCAGUUUUUUUUUUAUACACCCUGUAGACUAUGCUAUCCGCUAUCAGGACCGAGAAAAUCUUAACUACAAUCUCGGACAAAACUAGUUCAUGAGACGCAGAGUAAUAUUCAAGCUAAAAGUUUAUCCUGUUGUAUGCAUGACAAAAUUACUUAAUGUUGUAUGCUAUUUAUCAUUUAUAGACCCGGAGGGAGGGGGAUUCCAGAAAAUAUUACCCGAAGUGAUGAUAAGCCUCGAGGGAGAUAUCAUUGCACACGAGGGUAAUAUUUCGACGAAUCCCCCGAGCGGAGGGUCUAUAAAUGAGUGAAUAUCACAUGCACUUCUGUGAUUUCAUUAAUACUUCGAAACCAAGUGUAAUUUCCUAUUAUGUAAUUUUAGUAAAUCUAUACGAGUACUCAAUGACAAGAAACAUUGCAUUAUUGUAUUCACACAGCAGUAUACGCGCCUUUGUGAUUCAUUUUAUAAGUGAUUUUCUGACAUUAACAAUAUUUCUCGGACCGUGUAAUUUCCUAUAUAAUAAUUGUACGCCUCUCCACCAAUUAAAUUGCAGUAAUUUUUUCAUGUUUAUAAUAAAUAAGGUGAAUUUGAGAUAUUGAAAUAGAACAUGAAGAAGUCGUAAUCAUAUAUUCCUGAUCAAGAUCAGACUGAAGGCAGGCGAGGUCUCGAGUGUAAUUUUUAUGUUUAUCUGUUUUAGACUCAACUUGAAGGAAUCAUUGCGCCAACAAAGAAAUGAAACAUCCUUCUUUGGAUACAGAACAUAAUUUUGUUACAAAUGUAUAAUAUCUAGUCGAAACCUUAAAAUCGCGCAUUAGUUGUUCGUUGUUCGUGUAUAUUUUUUGGAAUAACGUUAAUUGAAAUAUAAGUUCACAUGAUCUCCACACGCGCAUUGGCAAUGAAUAGGGAGCUGUCCGAGCUGCCUCGUAAGUUCUCUCACUUUGGAGUGUAUACACGUAGGAGAUUGAGGGGAGGCCAUUGAGUAUUAAUUAAAGGUGUGCAAAUCUGAUUUGUUCGGAUUUCGGAACAAAAAAUUUUUUUUCGGAUUGGAUCGGAUUGAUUAAGUUGUUUCGUAGUCGGGUCGACUUCGUUAUUCGAAAUAAAAUGAAUUAUUUAUAUUUACAAACUCAUCAGACCAUAUUCUUUUGUAUUUCGUCGGUUUUUAACUCCUCCGUAAUAACCUUCUAUCUAAAAGCAGGCGGUGGUAUUUGAUUUCUCCGGGGGAAAUACGGGGUUGAAGGUUAUUACGGA